GGGGGGAACUACCGCUCCCAGGAGGCUCCGCGCGGCCCGGGGGGCUGGACCAGCGCUGGUGGAGAGGCCUGUGGAGAGCGGCGGGGAAGGGCCGUUUCCGGCAUGUUCAGCUCCGGACCGGGCUCCGCCGACAAGUGGAGGGCAGCGGAGGGACUCCAAUGCCCAGCGGGCCGUGCGCGGGAUGCGCUUGCGCGAUACGCGGACGGGGGGGCGGUCGGGCCAUUUAAAUGUGUGUUUGUGGGUGAAAUGGCUGCGCAGGUCGGAGCGGUGCGCGUAGUACGGGCGGUGGCGGCGCAGGAGGAGCCGGACAAAGAGGGGAAGGAGAAGCCCCAUGCUGGGGUCUCGCCGCGGGGCGUGAAGCGGCAGCGCCGAGCGAGCAGUGGGGGGUCUCAGGAGAAGCGGGGGCGGCCGAGCCAGGACUCCCCUCUGGCUCCCUCUCACCGGCGGCGUCGCAGCCGCCAACAUCCCGGGCCGCUGCCGCCAACGAAUGCAGCCCCGACCCUCCCGGGCCCGGUGGAACCUCUGCUCCUGCCGCCGCCGCCGCCGCCUUCGCUGGCCCCCGCCGGGCCCGCCGUCGCCGCCCCGCUCCCAGCCCCAGGCACCUCGGCCCUCUUCACCUUCUCGCCCCUGACGGUGAGCGCGGCCGCCGGGCCCAAGCAGCAUAAGGGCCACAAGGAGCGGCACCGGCACCACCAUCACCGCGGCUCGGACGGUGGCCCCAGCUCCUGCGUCCCGGGCGAUCUCCGACACAAGGACAAGCAGGAGAACGGCGAGAGGGCCGGUGGGGUGCCCCUGAUCAAGGCCCCCAAGAGAGAAACACCAGAUGAAAAUGGCAAAACCCAGAGAGCUGAUGAUUUUGUUUUGAAGAAAAUAAAGAAGAAAAAGAAAAAGAAACACCGAGAAGACAUGCGAGGAAGACGCCUUAAAAUGUACAAUAAGGAAGUACAAACUGUCUGUGCCGGCCUGACGCGCAUCAGUAAGGAAGUCCUCACCCAAGGACAAGCAAAUAGCACGUCGGGAGUUAACAAGGAGUCCUGCAGGUAUCUGAGAGAUGAACAGCUGUGCCGGUUAAACUUGGGCAUGCACGAAUAUCGGGUGCCCCAGGGAGUACAAACACCUUUCAUGACCCACCAGGAGCAUUCUAUUCGUAGAAAUUUCUUAAAAACAGGUACUAAGUUUAGCAACUUUAUCCAUGAGGAGCACCAGUCCAAUGGCGGUGCUCUGAUCCUUCAUGCGUACAUGGAUGAACUCUCAUUUUUGUCUCCAAUGGAGAUGGAGAGAUUUUCUGAGGAGUUUCUUGCUUUGACAUUCAGUGAAAAUGAGAAAAAUGCCGCUUACUAUGCUUUAGCAAUAGUGCACGGGGCGGCUGCUUAUCUCCCGGACUUCUUGGACUAUUUUGCUUUCAAUUUCCCCAACACUCCAGUGAAAAUGGAAAUUCUGGGCAAGAAAGAUAUCGAAACGACCACCAUUUCAAAUUUCCACACUCAGGUCAACAGGACGUACUGCUGUGGCACCUACCGAGCAGGUCCUAUGCGGCAGAUAAGUCUUGUUGGAGCAGUAGAUGAAGAAGUUGGUGAUUAUUUCCCAGAGUUCCUUGAUAUGUUAGAAGAAUCACCAUUUCUGAAAAUGACUUUGCCCUGGGGUACACUUUCCAGCCUCCGACUCCAGUGUCGGUCCCAGAGUGAUGAUGGGCCCAUCAUGUGGGUAAGGCCAGGAGAGCAGAUGAUCCCUACAGCAGAUAUGCCAAAGUCACCCUUCAAAAGACGACGAUCAAUGAAUGAAAUAAAAAAUCUCCAGUACCUACCUCGGACCAGUGAACCCCGGGAAGUCCUCUUUGAAGAUAGGACAAGAGCGCAUGCUGAUCAUGUGGGCCAGGGGUUUGACUGGCAGAGUACUGCCGCUGUUGGGGUUUUGAAAGCUGUACAGUUUGGUGAAUGGAGUGACCAACCUCGCAUAACCAAAGAUGUGAUUUGUUUUCAUGCUGAGGAUUUCACUGAUGUUGUACAGAGACUUCAGUUAGACCUUCACGAACCUCCAGUCUCCCAGUGUGUGCAGUGGGUGGAUGAAGCCAAACUAAACCAAAUGAGGCGGGAAGGCAUUCGUUAUGCUAGAAUUCAGCUGUGCGACAAUGAUAUCUACUUCAUCCCCAGAAAUGUCAUUCAUCAGUUCAAAACGGUGUCCGCAGUGUGCAGCCUAGCCUGGCAUAUAAGGCUCAAACAGUACCACCCUGUUGUGGAAGCCACUCAGAACACAGAAAGCAGUUCUAACAUGGACCGCGAUUUAACUGGAAAGCGAGAAUUAGAAGUUGACUCCCAGUGUGUGAGGAUAAAAACGGAACCUGAAGAAACAUGCGCAGAGAUGCAGCUUUUCACAACCGCUUCAUCUUCCGUCCCACCUUCCUCAGAACUGAAUCUGCAGCAAGACCAGAUGGCACAGCCUGUCCCGGUUUUAAAGGUGGGAAGUAGACUGGACUCCGAGCAGCAACACAAGCUACAGGAACAUUCAAGCACUCCUGUGUGAUAUGUACAUAUUCAAACACAUUUUUUAACUUUUUUAAAUUUUGAUGUGAAGUUAUAGUUUUAUAACUGGCUUAAGUUAAGUUUUAUUGGAGAAAUCUUGCCUAUAAUUCUAUAAAAAGAGAAAUGACAUUCCACAAAUGUCAAGCAUAUCUUUUUUACACAGAUUAUGCAAAGUUAAGAGUUGUAUCUUAUCCCGUUAGUACAGUACGUAAUAGUGGGUCUGCUGCUACUUUCCGUUUCAAGGUGUGAGGUAAUAAUUCAAUCUCUUCUUCAAAGCAAAAUAACUCUCUGGAAUAACAGAUUCUUUUUUGGUAAAUUAUUCAUUUCCCUUAAUUUUGUCUUGUCUCUUGCCAUAGUUGCUGUUUUUAUGGUAGAAGAUCAGAUUUAUGGUUUAGUACUCUGUCUUUAUGGCACAGAUUCAAUUUCUACAGUAAAACGGUAUAGGUUGCAGGAAAGAGUUCUUGUAUCUUGUUCAAAAGCAAGUAAGUUAUUUAGUUCCAACCGUAAAGAACAGGUAGUUCUAAGGAAAAUUCAGUGGCUCUCUGGUUUAACAGAAGAGAAAGCACAGCACUUUCUGAUCCAAACUGUCUUCUUUGUGUCUGUUAUUUAAAGCCCAGUGGAUAUUUCAAUUAAAAAUAUCUAAAGAUGUAUAGUCCUUGCUCAUUCAUUAUCCAUGGUUCAUAUACAAGGUAACUAUGGAAAAUAUUUUGGGUAAAAGAGAUAACGUUGACUUGAUACUCUACUGUUCUGCUUCCUGGCAUCCUCACAUUUUGUGUGGAUACUUUUGCUUCCUAAACUGAUCAUGAGUAUCAAACUGAGGGAAUGAUAGCAAUCUUUCUGAUGAGGCUGCCAUAUUCUGUGCAUGACAUUUAGGAAAAUCUUCUUGUCUCCUGGCACCAACCUCUUCACGAUAAAGACCUACUGUUGAGAUCCUUCAGUUCAGUUUUAACAGUGAAUACCAGAGCUUAUUUGCUAUGACUCUGUGUAGCCACUUUCCAGUAAAGAAUAUGGCACCGACUUCAUCCUAGAGUUUCAGGUAGUCCAGUGCUUAGUGCCUGAGUAUUUAAAUUUUUUUUACACAGGCAAGUUCAUAUAGCUAGUGUAGUCUUUCUAUUAUUUUAGAACGUUAAUGUGAUACACAUUUUACUUUCUCUUAGUUAAUAAUAUUAUAGGCCUUUUGUUUAUUAAAGGAAGAGUACUCCCCACACCUAAGACCAGAUUCUUAUAUCUACCUGUUUAUAGUGCAAUUUGGAGAUUUUUUUUUUCCUGGAGGGUGAGAUUUGGAAUAUUUACAUUAACAUAGGCAAAAAAAGAUGCUGCUUUAUGUCUGUCACCAUGAAAACUUAGCUGCAUCUUUUGAAAUAUCAAAUAUGAAUUUUUCUCUAAAAUAUUCUGAAAUAGGUUAAAUCUUAUAUAAAUAUUACUUUGUGCAAUAUUGUUGUGUAGUUAAAUGCAUAUUAGCAAAGUAUAGAGGUCACUGUGUAAACCGAUAGAAAAGUAACCAUCAGCAAAUACUGCAGUGAUUAGUUAGAAUCUGUAUUAUUCCUUAUAUAUAUGUAUAUGUAUGUAUUCUCUGUUAAAAAGGAUAAAGACAAAUAGAGAAACAUUUCAAUGUAAACCAUUUAUGAAUUGGAAGUGAUGUUGGUUUUCGUUAUCUCUGUAAAUAAGGUAAUUAGAAUGGUAUGAAAAGUAAUGUGAUUAUUGCAGGGGUGUUUUUAAAUCUUGGGUAUAAAUUCUAGGGUAAAUUCUAGUUUAUCAAGACUAGUUUUUAAGGGACCUGCCUUUAAGGAUGUUUUUUGUUAUCAGGGGGUGGGGUUAAUCACAAAGUAUGUGGGUUUGGGUUCUUUCUUGUUUCUGUUUUUCUGUCCAGAAGAAUUUCAUAGAGCUUUACGAGGCUGUGCAAAGUAAAAUUCUUCUCAGGCAACAUUUGUUUUUUAAAAUAAUCAUGAAGAACAAGGUUGCUAAAGCAAAAACUUUCAUUUUUAUUUUCCUUCCUUGUCUUCCAAGAUCCGAUUUCCCCAUCUCCCACUUGCCAUCCAGCAGAUGCCACCUGUCAUCUGAGCUGGUCAUUGCUAAUACACAAGGAGUCUGUCUCCUGACAGCCAGCACUGUGUUUAAUCACUCAGGAACCAGCGGAUCUGCAAAGACCUACAAUCAAAAGCAAAUCCCCACUUUCCUUUGACACAUUCUACCCUCACCUCCAAUAUUAACACAUUAAAAGAGUAUAAAAAUGUUUAAAAUCAUGUACUAAUAAAUUCAUUGUACGUUAGAAUUGCAAUAGGAUGGAGAGAGAAACAUUUAGCUAGUAAUGAACCUGGAAACUGAGUGUCCCAUGUGAGUGAGCAUUAGAUUUUAAUAGCAUGCUUUAAAGACUGAGCAGUAGAAAAGCCCGUUUUGAGUUUCUUACUGCUUUCCAAGCCGUAUCCUAGUUUAGUGAUACAGAUGAUUGCAACUUUUCUAACUCGUUCAAUUAUUUGGUUUGGUGGAGUGAGGCAUGGAGCAAACUGGCGUCUUCUGAUUUGUAAAGUAUUGAUGGCAGUGAAGUUGUAACUGAAAUUUAAGCUGAUCUUCCUUUUUGGUAUCUUAUCUGUUGUGCCAACUCUUUGAGAUGACUUGCAGAAUGUGGCUAUAAGUUUUAGUAUUUUAUGGAGCAGCGGUCGCCAACCUUUCGGACCUCACAGACCAUCAGUGGUCCACGGACCACCGGUUGGUGACCGCUAUUGUGGAGCACAUAUUUUUAAAUGUGCUUAUGGAAAGGACCCAAUAUGUGAGUAUUUCUAAUGUCGUAACUAGAACGAUUUUAUGGUAUUCAUGAAUAAGGAUAAAAGUCUUCCCCCUGCCCCAGAAGUCAUUCUAUAAUUACACCAAGAUAUGCUAGGAGUAGGGUUAGGAUUCAAAGAGGUAUUCCAAAUUCAUAAAGCAAUAACAAUAAAACCUACAUGAGUUUCCCCCUUCAGAAUUUUAACUCUUUAAGAAGGAAUUCCUAGGCUGGCUUGUGCGUUUAUUAAUUUGCUUAUUCAGCACUUAACAAUUUGUUUCAUUGGUACUUCAUUAUUUUUAAAGACUUUUGAAAGGUGCCCUUCCCCCUUAGAGACAGUUGGAAUAUCAGAUGAUUAAUAUUACAAGCUCUUGUAGUAGGAAAAAGGAGCUUAUUUAAUAAAAUUCUUUAAAUGUUAGGAAAAGAUGUCUUGCAUCAUCUUGCAUCAGUCUUAAGAGGCAUAAAGUUCACACUUUUGCUUAUUGCCUUCCCCUCUAUAAAUAUUGUCUAGAAUGAAAGCUAAUUUAGGAACAAGACUCCAAAAUUCAAGAAAACCCUUAGUGAAUAUAUUCUUGAUCAUUAAUAUUAGCCCAUAAUAUAUUUUCAUCUGUAUUUGCCAUUAAAAAUUGGUGUUUAUGCCUUCA